ACGGCUCUCUUCUUGGAACUCAGAUGAUGCGACCAAAACGAGGAGCUCAUAAAGUUUCUUCCUUUUGCGAAAAGAAGCCCUAAUUCAAUAUACUCUAAUUCAAUUCUCUUGAUAUUUUUUGAGAUUUGAUAUUUUUAUUCACAUAACAAUGGAGUCUACGCCUCCUUAUCAUCGAUCGAACACUAAAUCAGUUGCUUCGCGUCUGGCUCGUGUUAAUAGUUCUGUCCAAGAAGCAUCUCAAAGUCUCUCUCUUGAUUUGGUUCUAUCGUCUCCGAACCCAUCAUCACCUGUCUCUCUCAGAUCCUCCUCUUCCCCUGUUCCUCUUGGCGAUAUCCUCCUCUUAUCUCCUUCUCCGCUUCGCAAAUCGAGGACCCGUUUAGCCGAUCGACUCGAAAUGGCUUCUGAGGAUGCUGCGGCGGAUCCAGCUGCUGCGGUGGUGCGUAAGCGUGGUAAGGGGAAAGGAGGGCAAAAGGGUCUUUUAGUUUCUCCAAGGAAUCCCCGGAGAUCGAGGCGGAGAUCGGAGGCGGUUGUGGAAGAGAAAGACGCUAACUUGGUGGUCGAUGAUGUUAUCGUAAAGCCUAGGAAACGUAAGACGAAUGGUCGCUCUAAGAAGGAUAAGCAAAGUGUGUCAGCUCCUUCUUCAGAUCUUCCAAAUGAUUGUCAAAGCGAUUUGAAUAGUAUCGGAGAGAUUAUCAGUGAUUUGGUUAUGUGGAGAGAUGUUGCGAAAUCGACCCUCUGGUUCGGUUUUGGGUGUUUGUCUUUCUUAUCUUCUUGCUUUGCCAAAGGAGUCAACUUUAGCGUUUUCUCGAUGGUUUCCAACCUAGGACUUGUGUUACUUUGCGGCUCGUUCUUGUCAAACACUCUUUGUCAAAGGGAUAAUGAAGAGACUAAGAGGGUGUUCCAUGUGAGUGAAGAUGAUGUCUUGCGCUUAGCUAGACGAGUGCUUCCUGCAGCCAACUUUUUUAUCUCAAAGGCUAGUGAGCUUUUUUCAGGAGAACCAUCAAUGACACUCAAAGUGACACCAUUUCUUCUACUUGGAGCUGAGUACGGUCAUUUCAUAACACUGUGGAGGCUAUCCGCAUUUGGUUUUUUCCUCAGCUUCACCAUUCCAAAGCUGUAUUCAUGUUACACCGAUCAGAUUAGCCAAAGAGUUGAAAGAGUGAAAACCAGAAUAGGUGAAGCAUGGGGAGUCUGCUCGCACAAGAAGAUCUUGGCCGGCUCUGCAGUGACAGCCUUUUGGAACUUGACAAGCAUAAGAACCCGAAUUUUUGCGGUUUUUAUCAUCCUAGUGAUAUUUCGGUAUAAGAGACAGAAUAUAGAGCUAUAUCCCGAGGAAGUCGAGCCUGUUGAGGAUGACAAACCUGUUGAGGAUGACAAGCCAGAAAAAGAAACCUUUCCACAGAAAGUAGAUUCAGUUCCAGAGGAAGGAGAUUCAGUUCCAGAGGAAGAAGAACAGAUACAGCCAUCAGAAGAGCGAGCUUUAGUGGUGGUGGUUGCAGAAACUGAAGGAUCAAAAAACCUCUAGUGUUUGCAUUUGUGACUAAUUACAUUAAACAGAGAUGCAAUUUUAAAUCUCGAGUUUAUAAUAGAGAGGAUGGAGGAUAUCUGUUUUUGUUAUGAAAAUUUGAAGACAAAGAGAUCCAUUUAACAAAGCUUCUCAUCUCUCACCGACACUACAAUGUUACAUAAAGGACAUGGGACAAGAAGUAACUUAAAACCUUCAUUCAA